CAUAUAAACAAUAACUUUAGGUUUAUGUACAUAUAAUAAAUUCUGCGCUAGCCUGCCUUACUGGACUUCCACAUCACAACACAAUUUAUCGCAAUGGAGACAUCAAACCACUCUGAAUUAGAGCAAGUACAGAUGACACAGAAGCAACUGGAGAAGUCACUGGCUGAUCGCAUGGCCAAUUUUGAGAAGCGGCUCACCAUCACUCCUGCUGCAGAGGUUAGUCAGUUGCGGGAAGAGUACUCAGACUUUAAGAAUAUUGUGCACUCAAUCUUCCUUCUGUUGAAACAACAGAUCCAUAAUUUGAGCAGCAAAAUUGACUCCAUUGAGAUGAGGACUCGUAGGAAAGUUUUGCUGUUUAAUGGCAUACAGGAGGACUCCAAUGAAAAUAUCUCAAAUACAAUAUGCAGUAUUCUUACUGAUCAAUUUGAUUUCACCGAUGUUAGUAGUCACAUCAAAGUAUGUCACCGCUUAGGAGCUACUAAACUGGAUCGUGCAAGACCUGUUCUUGUCCGUUUCAAUUCGACAGAUGCCAGAACAACUGUGUGGAACAAAAAAACUGCUUUGAAAGGAUCUCCAAUAAGUAUCUCAGAGUUCCUCACUCGUGCCAGGCAGGAGGUGUUCAUGGCUACUCGAUUGCACUUUGGUAUGAGGCGGUGUUGGACUAUGGAUGGCGUAAUUUGUGUCAGGACUCCGGCGGGUGACCGCGUGAAGUUCACCACAGCUGCUGAGUUGGCUGUUUUGACGAAGAGGUUUCCUGCUGUAGAUGCUGAUAACAAGCGAGUGUCGCCAGAGGAAAACAAGCAGCGAACCGAUCAACCGCGGAGCUCCUUGUUGCAGACGCAGCCUUCCAAAAAAACUGCCACCAUUGCUGCUAAAAACAUGACUCGUCGUCAGAUGCAGGCAGGCAAGUCCAAGUAAAAGGUGUAACGUCUCAUUAUUGUACUGUUUAGUUUGUGUACUU